AUGGCUAUCGAUCGUCCAAUGCCUGCAUUUUAUUGUUGUUACCUUCUUCGCUCAACGAUGCGACAUAGUGCUUUAUAUGUUGGUUCCACUCCAAACCCAGUCAGACGACUUCGGCAACAUAAUGGAUUGGCAAAGGGUGGCGCUGUGAGGACAAGUCGAGGUAACUUAAGACCAUGGGAAAUGGCUUGUAUCGUUACCGGGUUUCCCACCUCUAUUGCCGCUCUACAAUUUGACAGAUGGGCCUGGCAAAAUCCACACAUAACUCUUCAUAUCCCACCAUCAGCACGAAUUUCACAUGCUACUCAAAAGAAACGAUCGGGUCAUCCCAAAAGACCUCGACAUUCCCUUCAAUCACUCUUGUCAAACCUACAUAUCUUACUUAGUGUUCCAUCUUUUUCACGAUGGCCAUUAGAAGUAAGAUUUUUGGCACCAGAUGUUCAUAAAGCUUGGCUUAAAUGGUCGAAAGCGGCAACUGGAUCUCUGAGGGAUACUUUGCCUAUCAUUACAGAUUUUCCACCAGCGGAAUCAAAAGUGAAUGACGAGGGUGGUGAAACCAGAGACCGACCCUAUGGAAUUGAAGCUUUGAAGGUAGCCUAUGAGGACACCAAAUCGCAUUUGGGGAAAGGGGAACGAAUUUUUCAUUCUGAUAUGAAAGAAUCGUGCGAUAUUUGCGACCAAAAACUUCGACACAACUCGGGUCUCUACAUCAUUUGUCCAAAGGUAGAUUGUGAUUCGAUCACCCACAUGACAUGCUUGAGUCAACAUUUUCUUCAAGGCGAGAAGGAUGAGCAAUCGAGUGAACAAUUGGUUCCUGUCAAAGGGAUGUGUCCUGGUUGUCAAACGGAAAUUCGAUGGAAUGAUGUGGUGAAGGAAUUAUCUCUUCGAACGAGAGGUCAAAAAGUUGUGGAGAAAUUAUUGAAACCGAAGAGAGUAAAGAAGGGGAAGGGCAUUGCAACAUCUCAGGCAAUUGUGGAAGCUGAGGACGAUGAGGAGGACGCAGAGGAGAAGGAACAAGAAUUAGAAGAUUACUUUGACGCAGACGAAUUCCUUGCACAAGAUGUCGACCAAGAAGAGAAUGGAUUUAUGGAUUAUCUUGAUCCCGACGACUCCGAUGCUCUAUCUAGUAUCAGUAUGGAAAGCAGCAAAUCACUCAAGGGGAAGAAGACAAUCGGUCCUUUUACCAAACCUAAGCUUAUGACUGUUAUUGAGGAUAGCGAUUGGGACGAAGGAGAUGAAGGAGAUGAUUUGGAGAUCUGA